UCAGAACAGAGCCUGAUGUCUGGGCCGGUUCGGUUCUGCUGCAGGUGUCUGCCUCAGUGGGUGUGGGUCUUGGCUCCGCCCCCUCACCUGAAGCCCCGCCCACCGCGGCUCUAUAAAAGGCUGGCCGCCCCGCCGCUCCUCACUUCUCUCCUCUCCUCUCCUGAGAAGACAGACCGACUCUUCAUCUUCAUCAUGGCCACCAUGAUGUACUCCUCCUCCUCCUCCUCCUCCCGGGGCUCCAUGGGCGGAGGCCUGGCCCGCUCCUCCCUCGGCGGCGGCCUCAGCUCCUUCAGCAUGGCCGGGGGCGCCGGCGGCAGCGGCAGCAUCAGCAGCAGGGUCUCCCGGGCCAGCCGGAGCUUCUCCGCCGGCGGGGGCGGCGGCAGCGCGGCCUUCGGCUUCGGCGGGGGAGCCGGUUCCGGGUUCGGUGGGGGUGCAGGUGGCGGGUUCGGAGGGGGCGCGGGGUUCGGUGCAGGUGGCGGUGCCGGGUUCGGAGGAGGUGAAGACAGCAUCAUCGGCAACGAGAAGUUCACCAUGCAGAACCUGAACGACCGGCUGGCCUCCUACCUGGCCAAGGUGGCGGCGCUGGAGAAGGCCAACGCGGAGCUGGAGCUCAAGAUCCGGGAGUUCGCAGAGAGCAAGGUGGGCCCGUCCAAACGGGACUACAGCCCCUUCUACGUCACCAUCGCAGACCUGCAGGCCAAGGUGAGUCUGCACCAACCCGAGAACACCCGAGUCCUGCUGGUUCUGCCGCGCUGCGGUUCCGCCUGCAGGUACGAGAACGAGCUGUCCAUGCGCCAGUCGGUGGAGGCCGACAUCGCCGGGCUGAAGAUGCUGCUGGGAGAAAUAGGCGUGGCCAAGAGCGACCUGACCAUGCAGAUCGAAAGCCUGAAGGACGAGCUGCUGUCCAUGAAGAAGAACCACGAGGAGGACCUCCUCGGCAUGCGCACCCAGGUGGGCGGCCAGGUCAACGUGGAGGUGGACGCCGCCCCCCAGGAGGACCUCACCAAGAUCAUGGAGGAGAUCAGGGAACACUACGAGUCCGUCGCCGCCAAGAACCGCAAAGAGCUGGAAGGCUGGUUCCAGGCCAAGUCCGAGACGCUCUCAAAGGAGGUGGCAUCCACAGAGAUGACUCUGAAGACGUCGACCACCGAGGUGAAGGAGGUGAAGAGUCAGCUGCAGGCGCUGGAGAUCGAGCUCCAGUCCCAACUCAGCAUGAAAGCGUCUCUCGAAGCGUCUCUCGCUGACGUUCAGAGCCGCUUCGCCAUGCAGCUGAACGGCUUCCAGAUGAGGGUGUCGUCUCUGGAGGAGCAGCUGAUUCAGCUGAGGGCCGACCUGGAGCGGCAGGGACAGGAGUACCAGAUGCUGCUGGACAUCAAGACCCGGCUGGAGAUGGAGAUCGCCGAGUAUCGCCGCCUGCUGGACGGAGAGGCAGCGGGAUCCGCAGCAGGGCUUUCCUCUUCCUCUUCCUCCUCUUCUUCAACCACAGUUACCAAAACUGUGAUCACCAAGGUGAUCGAGGAGACCAGCAGCUAAGAGCGUUCACACGGCUGUCUGAUGGGGCGGAGUCGAAUCUCGACCUUUCACCUUCCUGCUAAAUGAAACAAGAACCACUUCCUGCCGAUGAGGAGCGUCUAUCUCAUCUUCUUCCUUUUACGCCUCACUUCCUGCUGUGACUCAGUUAAAGAUGGUGAAUCUGUGAGGAAAACUUUCUGUCUUCAACAAAUAAACUGAACUAAACUCAA